ACGAGAGAGGGCCAGGCUCGGUUGGAAAGAUGGUUCCACCAGGGUCAAGCAGUAAAGGCCACAUGUGUCUCUCCAGCGUGGUGAUUCUCAGCAGUAUGGCCAUCAUAGACAGUUACCUGAUUCAGCAAAGCCAAGCCCCCCGUAAACUGGGAGCUGGCAUCAUGGUGAUGGUGGGCGAUGUCUGCUUUCUCAUAGCUCUGCGCUACACCGUGGUCUGGGUCAGUGCUGAGGUCAAGACAGCGAAACGGGGCCACACCAUGAUCCUCUGGUUCCUCUACAUCUUUGUGCUGGAGAUCAAACUCUACUUUGUCUAUCAGAACUACAAGGCAGACCGCAGGAGCCUGAGCUGGUUGGCCAGGAAAGCCCUCACUCUGGUGUUGUCGGUCUGUGUGCCUGCUCUCUACCUUCUCCUAGUGGCUGUUGACCGUAUGGAACAUCUGAAGGCCUCGAGAAAGAAGGAGGAGCUGAGGAGCCAGCUGCUCUGGGUGGUGGCGGAUCUGCUCGACAUGUUGGAUGUUCAGGCCAAUCUCUGGGAGCCCCAGAAGAAAGGGCUGCCCCUAUGGGCUGAGGGCUUGAUGUUCUUCUACUGUUACAUUCUGCUCCUGAUUCUGCCCUGUGUCUCCCUCAGUGAGAUCAGUAUGCAAGGCGCUCACAUCCUGCCUCACAAGAUGAUGCUCUACCCCAUUCUCAGCUUCAUCUCCAUCAACGUCAUCACCACCCUCAUCCGAGGGAGCAACUUGUUCUUCUUCAGUGAUGCCAGGGCCUCGAGCAUCUUCAUGGGCAAGAACGUGCUCGCGAUCGCCCUCAAGAUCUGCACCUUUGUCCAGUGCAGGAGGAGGGUCCCUGAUGUUGGUCCACCUCCAAAUCCUGAGCUACACCGGGACAACCUUCCCCAUCCCCAUCCCACUCCACUCCCUCACCUUCCCCUCUCACCCCCA